AUGCAGAAAAAGCGUAAAGUAAAUCUACUAAAUUGCAAAAAAAAUAACAACAGAGAAGGUUUUAAGAAUGAAAAAAAAAGUUACAAUCACAAAUUUAUAAAUUUUGGAUCCAAUAAUUUGAUAAAAAAUAAUAAAAGAACAAUUUUAUGUGUUGCAGAAAAAAAUUCAGUUGCAAAAGAAAUUGCUAGCUUUCUUUGCCCAGAAUUUCAAUCACCCAUUAGAUUGAAGAGCAAGAGUACGACAAAUGUUGCACUAUUAAUAUCUUAUAAAUUUUUUGGGGAUGAUUGUAACAUGAUAGUUACAUCAGUUAGAGGUCAUUUGAAAAAACUUGAAUUUUUGCCAAAAUAUUCAAACUGGGCUUCUGUAAACCCUAUUGCAUUGCUAGAUUUAUCUACACCAGUUGUUAGUUCGAUUUUACCUGAUUGUACAGAAAUUGCGGAUAAUUUAACAUAUUUUUCAAAAAUUUCAACUUAUUUGAUUCUAUGGUUAGACUGUGAUAGGGAAGGUGAAAACAUUGCAUUCGAAGUAUUAAGUAUCUGUUUAAAUUCAAACAAAAAUUUGAUUGUUUUUAGAGCGCAUUUUUCAGCAAUUACUAAGUUUGAAAUUGAUAAUGCAAUGAAAAAAUUAACAUUUCCUAAUCGCAAAUUGAGCGAUGCAGUUGAGGCUAGAAAAGAAAUUGAUUUAAGAGUGGGAUCGUCCUUUACGAGAUUUUUAACACUAAGGUAUAGCAAGUUGUUCCCCAUUCCCGAGCAUACACUCAGUUAUGGAACAUGCCAAUUCCCUACUCUUGGAUUUGUUGUAGAUAGAUAUAACAAGAUCAAAAAUUUCAGAGAAGAAAAUGAGUGGACAAUUACAUUGGAAAUCAAAAUGAACAUUCACGAAAAAAAUAACGAAAAUGCGUCAAUUAUAAUUUUUGAAUGGGAAAGAGGUAAAAUUUUUGAUCGUUUGUUUACAUUUAUUAUUUAUGAAGCCUGUAUAGAAAAUCCAAAUGCAAAUAUAAAAGAAAUAACUAAUAAUAAAAUAACAAAAAGAAAACCUUUCCCACUUAACACAAUUGAAAUGACAAAAAUUGCAUCUAAUAAGUUAAAAAUAACACCAGUAGAGUGCAUUAAUAUUGCAGAAAAUCUCUAUAGAAAAGGCUACAUUUCAUACCCAAGGACAGAUACUAAUAGUUUUUCAGAUAGCUUUGACAUUUUAUUGUACAUAAGAGAACAGGAAAAAAGUAGUGUAUUUGGAUCAUUUGCAAGCGAGUUACUGCAUUUAAAUCGUUUUUCAGCACCUAGAAAAGGCUGUAAAAACGAUGGCUCUCACCCACCAAUCCAUCCGGUGAAAUGUUUAAAUAGAGAACAAGCUUCUUCAAAUGAAGAAUGGCUCUUAUAUGAACUCAUUACACGCCACUUUUUGUCUUCUUGUUCAAAUGAUGCUGUAUUGAUGGAAUCAAUCGUUAAAAUUGAUAUUUCCGGGGAAAUAUUCAAGACGAAAGGAACUGUUUUGCUUGAAGAAAAUUGGUUAAAGAUAUACUCUCCAUUUGAGAAAAUAAAUACAAAGUCCUUACCAAAAUUCAAUGUUGGUAGUCUAGUAUUUCCAUAUAAAUUAGUCUUUCGUAAAUGCAAAACAACUCCACCAUCAUUACUAAGCGAAGCUGAACUAAUUGAUUUAAUGGAUAAAAACAGGAUAGGAACUGAUGCUACUAUGCACGAACAUAUCGAAAAAGUACAAACUAGGCAAUAUGUAAAAAAAAAUUCAAAGUCACUACUUUCUCCAACAGUUUUAGGGAUUGCUUUAUACAAUGGGUUUGAACUGAUUUCAAGAAAAAUGGAAUUAAAUGGAAAUAAAGCAAAACUAAACAGUGAAACAAAAUUUCAUUCAAAAGAUACGUCAACCUACAAUCUGAUGCAUUUUAAAAUUAGACAAAUAAUUGAACGCUAUGCCGAAAAAAUAAUUUCUGGUGAGUACUCUAGAAGUUAUGUCGUUGAAAAGAUAACUGGAUUUAUGAAACAUAUAUAUGAAAGAAUGCUAGUAUUUAUUGACCACUUAGAUUCUGCAUUGAAUGUUUAUUUCCCUAAAUGGGACGCAAAUAUUGUAGUGAUAAAUGGGAAGAUAAGUAGAAAAAACAUAUCUGAGUGUGGAUUUUGUAGGUCUAGUAUAAAUAUUUACGAAAUCAAAAAAAGUUUAAAUGGGCUUCCUCCUAUUUCCGAAACAAACAAUGACGGUGUUAUUCGUGUUUCUAAAAACACCAAACUAGCAAUAUGCAAAAGCCAGUCAGAAAUGAAUUGUAAAAGACCUCUAUUUAUUCCAGAUUACAAGUCAAUUAAUGCAACGAGCGAAUAUUGCCAACAUUGUGGAUUCAAAAAAAUUGAAAUAGAAAUGUUUAACUCGAAAAAAAUCAGUUUCUGUCUUUAUUGCUUCAAUUUCCCAAACAAAUGCACAGUGAAUAUUUAA